AUGAAGACCGGCCGUCCAGUACGGACUUUAAGACUAUUGUUUAUUUGUGGAGUUAUUCUCUGGCUGAUUAUAGCAUAUCUAUCACCGGAGAUCCAAAAUGAGCACACAGUCCCUGAGAUUACUCGGACAGACUCAGCUCCCAACAGUAGGACAACACCAUUAAAGACAUUGCGGACAAUCUGGGUUGAUAUGGAACCCUAUAUUGCCAAUAAUCUCAAGCUCUAUAAUAGCUCUCUAUGCAACAUCCCGAAUUGCCUCUUGACAAACAAUAUUUCCAGUGCAGACAUUGUAGUGUUCAGUCAUCGCCACAUUCCAAGAAAUGUUAUCGAUAAAAAGAAAGGUCAAAUUUGGAUAUUUUACUCUGGAGAAAGUCCGUAUCACACCACCAGACCGACCAAAGAUUGGAUUGAGCGAUUUGACCUCUCCAUGUCUUAUAUGGAAGACUCCGAUAUUCAAAUGCCAAUAUAUGGUGUAUUCCAAAAAAGCCAAAAACAAUUUUUGAAGAAUUACAGUAACAUACUCAAAACAAAGACGAAAGAUGCAGUGUGGCUCGUAAGUCAUUGCAAGACCCACUCAAGGAGAGAAAACUUGGUUAAAGACUUAGGUAAAUAUUUAUCAAUUGAUAUUUUUGGCGAAUGUGGUGAUAAGAAAUGUGGCGGUAGAUAUGAGGGAUUAUCAAAGUGCCUUCCCCUGUUUGAAACAAACUACAAGUUCUUUUUUGCGUUCGAAAAUUCAAUCUGCAAUCAGUACACAACGGAAAAAUUGCAUUCCCUUUACUUAGAACAUACUGCUCUUAUUCCUGUUAUCAACGGACCUAAAGACGCAGCUCAAUAUAUUCCUAAGGGAACUUACAUUAACUCUCAGGAUUUCACCAAUGCUGCAUUGCUGGCUCAUGAAUUAAAACGAAUCGGUUCCAAUGAAACGGAGUAUAUUCGUUAUUUGAAAGAAAAGGACAAGUAUACCACAAAAACACUUGACAAAAUAGUACAAGAGACUCAGUGUAACUUAUGUAAAUAUCUAGUGGACAUAGAAAACGGAAAAAAAGCAAGAAAAAAUAAUUCCUGGGUAAACAUUUUGAACCCAGGUGUAUAUUGUACAGAUAAAUCAUUUUGUAUCACAUAGAUAACUUUCUGACUUCAUAAUUGUGAAUUGAAAAUGAA